AUGGUAUCAAAAUCGAUAUUCUGUCGAGGCUUGAAUGCCUGGGAAUGCAUUGCCACCCGUCCCAGAGUGACAAUUGAUAUCGACGGUCAGGAUGCUGGCGAUGCUAAGACCUACACGACAUUUGAUUCGAUAGAAGGCAAUAUAACUAUUGAUGUCGACCAUGAAACUCCAUUUCACGACAUCGAAAUUACGUUCGAAGGUCGAUCUAGGGUUUCCAUUGAGAGAACCGACCCCGUUGUUGGCCAAAGAAUCGCUCGCCAUACUUUCCUACGACUUCGACAACCUAUAGACCCAGAUGUAUACCCAUCAUGCAAAGUCCUGAAGCCCAGCAUAUCCUACCGUAUUCCUUUCCUAUUUAUCCUCCCCGACCGACUUCUCCCACAAUCAUGCCGACACAAAGUUAGCGACAAUCACGUCCACCAAACACAUACUCAACUUCCUGCAACCUUCGGUGAUUCGACUGCCUGUGGAUCAGGCCUAUGCGACAUAGCACCGGAUACAUGUCAAAUAUCCUACGCGAUACGGGCCCGAGUAUUGCGAGAUCCCCCGGUAAAGGACUCCCAUAACAAACCGCUCGUGGACACAUCGAGAGAAGUGCGCGUUGUUCCGGGCAUCGACCAGGGUCUCAUUCGGAAGGCUGGUGAAAAUGGCCUCUGUCACAGCGUACAAGGAGCAAAGCGCGUCAACAAUGGAUUGCUCAAGGGAAACCAAGGACACUUGACGGCGACUGUAUGUCAGCCAGACCCUAUCCUUUUGGAUUACACCAACACCAGUGCACAUACCAUCCAUUCAGCGACCAUUGUACAUUUACGAUUCGAUCCCGAGAACGGCGAGCAGCCUCCAAAGCUGAGCUCCUUGCGGAGUAAACUUGGUGUUCGGACUUUCUACGGCUCUACGCCAUGGACCAGUCACCCGUUGAAUGUGAACGCAGCAGAGCUCAGGGGGAAGAAUCAGAAUUUCAUUCUGGAACACAUUCCUCUUUCCUCAUAUUCGAUUGCCUCUAUGGAAUGGACAAAGCACGUGGUAUCGAACGGCACAACUUAUCCUCACCCUCCGACCGGACCAUCAGAGUUUGCAGAGCCUCAGUUACAAAUUCCAGGGAGCUAUAACGGGAAGGUUUAUUACACGACGUCGAUCACUGUACCGAUAUACCUGCCCAAAAGUAGACAAUUCGUCUCAAGUUUUUACUCCUGCUUCAUCUCUCGCAUCUACACUCUCGACCUUUGUGUUUCAUACCAUACGCCGAAGACAAGACUCCUGAAACAUUCGCUCAAUAUCAAGGUACCGCUUACGCUCAAAGUUGCUGUGCCGGCUUUGUUGGAUUCCUCGACAGAUGUUCUAUGUGGUAAAGAGACAAUACAACCUUGCUUACAGCAAGGGUAUGGGGACUGGGAGUACGACAAACCCGGAUAUUGGAAUGAAGGGUGUCCAAUUUACACAUAG